UGUUUCGCAUCAAACAAUUCUUGUCUUGCAAAUUUCUUCUAAACCUCUUGCAAAAGAAAAGUUCGCAUCUUUGAUAGAAGAAGAAGAGAAUGGCUCGUACGAAGCAAACCGCUAGAAAGUCCACCGGAGGAAAAGCUCCGAGGAAGCAGCUCGCCACCAAGGCGGCGAGGAAGUCGGCACCGACCACCGGAGGAGUCAAGAAGCCUCAUCGCUACCGUCCCGGAACCGUCGCUCUUCGUGAGAUUAGAAAGUACCAGAAGAGUACGGAGCUGUUGAUCCGCAAGCUUCCGUUCCAGCGUCUGGUUCGUGAGAUUGCUCAGGACUUUAAGACGGAUCUGAGGUUUCAGAGCCACGCUGUUUUAGCUCUUCAGGAGGCUGCGGAGGCUUAUCUUGUGGGUCUGUUCGAGGACACUAACCUCUGUGCCAUUCAUGCUAAGAGGGUUACCAUCAUGCCCAAGGAUAUUCAAUUGGCCAGAAGGAUUCGUGGAGAACGUGCUUAAGAUGAAGUUUUCUCCUCUGAUUCAGUUUAGAUCAUGAUUAGUUACUUUUUUCCCUUUCGUUUUUUUUCUCUUCAAAGGACAUGUUAAAUCUUCAACAGCUUUUUUUUUUUAAUCAAAACAAUGAUAUAAAUCUCUCAUUAUCAACGAAGCUUCUUUGUUUAUCAA